UUUUUUUUUUUUUUGUUGGGUUGUUAAUUAGUGUGAUAAAUGUUAUUUCCAUUUGGUUUUUUAUUGAGAUUUAUUGUCAUUCUCACAUAUUUUCUUCCAUUCAUUUGAAACUUUUUUUUGUUCAAACUUGGGCAUACUUCAAACUUGGUUGUGUGGAAAUAGAACUUGGGCAUACUUCAAACUUUUUAUUGAAGUAUGCCCAAGUUUUGGCAUUGGAAUUGGCAAAACUUGGGCAUACAAUCAUUCUCAAAACUUGGGCAUACUUCAAACUUGGUUGUGUGGAAAUAGAAGCUUAUUGAGUUUUGAAAUUGACGCAAAAUUUUGUUUCUGUUGAAGAUUUUUUUUGUCUAUUGAGUACAAAUGAAAAUAUCUCAGUUUUUGAUAGCGUUGGAAAUCUGUGACUUGUGUUUGAAAAUAGUUUGAUAUUUACCUAUUUACAAAUGAAAAUAUUUCCUUUUUUCUUUUUUGUUCUUGUUCGAGAUCUUUGUUCUCUAAUGGGGUCUCUCUUUUGGGGGUGUAUAUUUUAAGAUGUUUAAUAUAUUGGAGCUUGGAGCUUGGAGUUCCAACUCUUCUACACAUUAUAUAUAAAAGUGGUGUGAGCUAUUAACACAAUUUUCAUUUAUAUACAAAAUCAUAUAGGAACAAUUGUUUAAUGUGUUGUGAUAGUUUGAUGGGUACAACCAAUUCAUCAAAUGGUCAUCAAGAGUUGCUAGAAGAAAGGAAUGAAGAAGUUGGAGAGAUGAUAAUGGAAGCAGAAACCACAAAAGUAAUUGUAAUAAGUGGAGUGAGCAGAGGGUUAGGACGAGCUUUGGCAUUGGAAUUGGCAAAACUUGGGCAUACAAUCAUUGGUUGUAGUCGUGACAAAAUCAAAUUGGAUUCACUUCAACUUCAACUCUCCAAUGCUUCCCCACGAAACCACUUGCUCUUCAACUUUGAUGUGAAAUCAAAUGAGAGCAUUCGAGAAAUGGCACAGACAGUUAAGGAGAAAUUCGGUUCUGUUGACAUCAUUGUAAAUAAUGCUGCUGUUGUUGCUGAAAAUUUGAAGCUGUGGGAGAUUCCUAAUGAAAUAUUCGAUGAUGUGAUAGACACAAAUAUGAAAGGGGUAGCAAAUAUGUUGCGCCAUUUCAUUCCUCUUAUGCUUCCAAAGAAUAAAGGAAUUAUUGUUAAUGUAUCUUCUCUCUAUGGAAGAAUUGCUGCUGCCCGAGCAUCAGCUUAUUGCAGUUCCAAAUGGGGGAUUGAAGGCUUAAGCAAAUCGGUUGCAAAGGAGCUACCAAAUGGUCUGACGAUUGUUACAUUAGAUCCUGGCAUUAUUAAUACUGAUGCGAGUGUUACAAUUCUUGGCCAUUUCGCAUCUCAAUACCAAUCUCCUCAACUCUGGGCUCUCAAAGCAGCUCCCAUGAUACUAAACAUUACAACUGCAGAUAAUGGUGAAACUCUCAUCGUUCCUGAUCCUGGUGUUUUGCCUCAUGUUUAUUAAUUUCCAUUUUGCAACCAGAAAAAAGAAAAAGAAAACUUCAGUUAAGGUUUUGAGUCUAAUAUGUAUUACUAAACUCAUUUUCUUUCUUUAGUUUUGAAUCCAAUCAUCUUUUCCUAUCA